AUGACCGUAACCAAAACCCUACGCGCUGCAUUUGUCCUGAUAUCCAUCACAUUACUGCUAAUCUUUCUUCGGAUUCGCAGCAGUUUUGGCUAUCUUAGGCCACAGGUUACUGUCCAAUUUGGGAAAGAAGUUGACUGGACUCGCUUUGCAUACACGCAAUAUGUCACCAACACUGAUUAUCUGUGCAACUCAGUCAUGCUAUUUGAGGCCCUGCAUCGUCUCGACAGCAAACCCGACCGCUUAAUGAUGUACCCCGAUCAUUAUUCGGUCGCUGAUGACGAUAAUUCGAGGGAAGCGGAAUUACUCCGCAUCGCUCGGGAUAAAUACAAAGUCAAGCUCAAGCCCAUUCAAGUUCAAAGCAGGAACGGCGGUGACCAAACAUGGGCAGAGAGCUAUACGAAGCUUCUUGCUUUCAAUCAAACACAAUACGACAGGGUUCUGAGCCUAGACUCUGACUCCACUAUCCUGCAAGCUAUGGAUGAGCUGUUUCUGCUCCCACCUUGCCCCGUCGCAAUGCCACGAGCCUACUGGCUUAAUCCAGACGACCGAGUUCUAAGUUCGCAAUUGGUUCUUGUCGAACCGUCCACGUUUGAAUUCACUCGGGUUAUGCAAGCAAUUGCCAAUGCAAGCUCUGACGACUAUGACAUGGAAAUUGUCAACGAUUUGUACAAAGACAGCGCUUUCGUCCUGCCACACCGUCGCUACGACCUUUUGACAGGGGAGUUCCGCGGCAAAGAACAUGCUGGCUACCUUGGAAACCCGUUGGAAGAAUGGGAUCCCUAUGCCAUUCUCAACGAGACCAAGUUUCUCCAUUUCUCUGACUGGCCUGUGCCCAAGCCAUGGAUCGAAGCUCCCAAACACAUUAUUGAUGAAAAGCAGCCCACCUGUGAUUUCAACCCUCUGACCCAACAGGAAGAUGACUGUCGCGCCUUGAACAUUUGGUUGGGCAUUUAUGACGACUUUAAGACACGACGAAAGAAUGUAUGUAAAACCAGUGCAGCGUAA